AUGAAAUAUUUAUUAUUUCUACUGUUCGCAUCAUUCAGUGAAACCAAUGUCGUAGAACGAAUCGUAACAACAACAGCAACUGCAACAACAAUAACAACGAUACUCAAUUUCAAUACAAAUUCUUCUGAAGAAAUUCUUGAUACAAACUCUUCAUUAAUCAUAACAUCACAAAAUAAUUCAUCAUCAAGUUUACCUGGAAAUGAAGUUACUAAUGCCAUUCGACAAGAAACAUACUUUGAUAAUAAUUAUUCCAAGGAAUUAAACAAAGAAUCUGAUAAUACAACAGAAGAAUUUCAUUCUGGACCACACUAUGCGGCAAAUUGGACAUUUAUUGACAAAGAAACUGUUCGUGUAGUAUUUUCUCUAUUUUCAAUAGCAAAGUUAUCAAAUGAAGAAAAAUUUUCUGAUAAACAUAAUAAUGAUAAAAUGAAUCCAUUUCCAACUAUGCUUUCUAUACUGACACGUUCAAUUCAAUCAAUACAUUCAUUAAAAUAUUUUCUUUUUACUAUACGACAAUAUAAAACAAAUACGGGAAAAGUACUUCAAAUGGAACAAUUAGUUUUACAAACUACACCAUCAAGUACUGAUGAAUAUUUUUCAAAUUCAUUAUUAUUACUUCGAUUAAAUCCAAAAGAAAAAUAUUCUGUAUGUAUUUAUUAUUAUCAAACGAAUAUAUCAACACAAAUGCCAGAUUUAUUCGUAUGUCAAGAUGUAAUGCAUGAUUAUUUACAACAUUCAGUACAUGGUCUUCUAUUUGUUUUAACACAAUAUUCAAUUAUUAUUGGAUUACUUAUUGUUUUACAAGGUUUAUUUACUGUACGAAAACGUCGUUUAGCUCAUAUUGUUCAUCAACAUUUAGUUAAUAAAGCACAAAGACUUCGUUCGACAUUUUCAUCAGUUAGUCUUGGACGACAAUCAGUUAAUUUAAUGGAUACAACAAUUGAAGAAAAAAAUACUAAAAUAAAUGGUCAUACUAAUCAAGAAAAAAAUAAACUUAAAAAAUGUUUUAUAUCAUCACCAGCUAUUAUUCUUAGUGAACCAUCAAAUAAUACUAAUAAUAAUUCAGAUGAAAAUGAACCAUUUCUUAAACUAACAACUGGAAAAAAUCAUGUACAUUUUUUACUUGGUUUAGAUGAAGAAUCUGAUGAUAAUGAUAAUGAUAAUGCAAAUGAAAAUAUUCCAAAUGGUAUAACAUUCAAUCUACCAUUGACGUCAACACAUAGUGAACCUUAUAGUGAUCGAUCAGAUGCUUUAUCAUCUAUGGCUCAUAUACUCGAUACAAAUAAACCGUGGUCCAAACAAUCAUAA